AGGUGACGGCCGGCCUGCGCCAGUAGCGGGAUCCAGUGUGUCGCCCUCCUGCUCACCCCCGGUGUGUGACAGCCAUCCCCGCCGCCAGCUCAGCGCCCUCACCCAGGUUACAGAUGGCUACACCAGAGAGUCCUGAACAGGACCCUCUGUCUCCAGAUGAAGUACAACCGCCACUUACAGAUGAAGAGGAUUUUGUAAGAGACAACUCUUCCGAUCCCGAGGUGGAUACAAGCGAAGAGAUCGAACCAGCCAUAAGGGAGGAGAGGGAUAUAAAAAAGAUUAGUUCCCCGAUCACCAACAAACAGUCAGACAGCAAUGAUAAUGCAAAAUUGAUGCAUUCUUCUUUCCUCAAUAAGCAAUCAGAUGAGGAUGUAAAAGAGAUCCGUUCGCCUGUUGGUUAUAAACAUUCAGAUGAUGAUCUUAAGGAGAUUCAUUCUUCUAAGCUUGACAAACAUUUAGAUGACCAUCUCAAGGAAAUCCCGUCACUUAAACCUGGUAAACAUUCAAAUGAGGAUCUUAAGGAGGAUCAUUCUCCUAACACUGAUAAACACUCUGAUGACGAACUAAAAAUGAGUUGUUCUCCCAAGCCUGACAAAUAUUCAACUAAACGUAUGAAAGAGAAUAGUUCUCCAAAGCGUGAUAAACAUUCAGACGAAGAAGACCGCUUGAGUGAGACCAAGUCUCAGGACUCUGAUAAUGAGCGGGUCCGAGAAGAUCCUACCUCCCCCAAUCGUAAUGAAGACGAGGAGGAAAGGAUUACUGAACUUCAUGAUGAGGCUUCCUCUGCAAUACGGGAGUUGGAUGAGCAUGAACUAGACUACGACGAAGAGGUCCCCGAAGAACCAACAGGACUUGCACAAGAGGAUGAAACUGAGAAAUUGGAAGCUGAUGAUGAGGAUGAAAAGGAGAAAGGAGACUCUUCUGCUGAUGAAAAGAAACCAGUUGUAAAAAAAGACCAAAAGGAUAGUGUUGAACCACCAAAAGAUAAAAAGGAAGAUGAUGAUGGUGAUAUGGAUGAAGGCGAAAUAGAUGAUGAUGACCUGGAGGAAGGGGAGGUGAAAGAUCCCAGUGAGAGGAAGACAAGACCGAGGCUCACCUGCCGAUUCUUCAUGAAAGGUAACUGCACAUGGGGUAUGAAUUGUCGAUUCAUCCAUCCUGGAAUGAAUGAUAAGGGGAACUAUUCAUUGAUAUCUACCCAGGACCCUUUUUCCUCCAAUGGCACCCCUCAGACUGGUACUCAGCCUGCUGUACCACCUAACCCAUGGGGGACUCCAGUCACAGAUGGUAUGCUGCCACCACCCAUACCCGAUCCUCCAACCGAGAGUGCUUGGGAGAGAGGUCUCCGCCAUGCUAAAGAGGUGCUUAAAAAAGCCACUAUGCGCAAAGAGCAAGAACCUGACUUUGAGGAGAAGCGACUGACGGUGACCAUUGGAGAAGAUGAACAGGAUUUUGAUAAAGAGAAUGAUUACUUCCGAGAGUGGAAUUAUCACAUCACUAGAGAAGUCCACGAAACUGGAGCCGACCCGUAUGCAGAUCCGUACUACGACAUGGAAAUGGACAGACUUUGGCGCGGAGGACAGUAUGAAAAUUUUCGAGUCCAGUACACAGAGACCGAGCCAUACCGUUACAGAGAACGAGAGCGUGACAAGGAUAGAGACAGGCAGCGUGACCGAGAAAGGGAGCGAGAGCGGGAUCGAGACCGGGAGCGCCGGCAGCGGGAGAGGGAGCGUGAACGCGAGCGAGAGAGAGAUAAGGAGCGUCAGAGGCGGAAAGAAGAAUGGGAAAGAGACAGGACCAAAAGGGACGACAAAGAUCGUCCGAAAGAUAGGGAGAAAGACAAGGAAAAGGACAAGGAGAAGGAGAAGACCAAAAUAAAGUCACCUCUCCUUCCAAGCCGUCCAAAUGAAGCCUCCAAGAAGGACGCUCCCUCUCCAGCUCUGCCUGCAAACCCCGCUGCUCCUACUGCCACAGCCACUCCAGCUGUGGCUGGCUCUACACAUGCCAAAAGGGCUGACGAAUGGAAAGAUCCAUGGCGCCGAUCCAAGUCACCAAAAAAGAAACUGGGCAUCUCUACAUCGCCCAGCCGAGGGCGGCGAAGGCGGCAUACAUCAGGCUCCUCAGACUCUGGAUCCAAUUCAUCAAGAUCAUCUUCUCGUUCUUCCUCGUACUCUGGUUCUGGAUCAUCACGUUCUAGAUCAUCAUCGUAUAGUUCUUAUUCCAGUCGGUCUUCGCGUCACAGCUCGUUUUCAGGAAGCAGAUCCAGGUCCCGGUCAUUCUCCUCCUCUCCUUCCCCAUCACCAACUCCCUCCCCUCAUAAAGCCCCUCCAAAGACAAAAGGGGAGCCUGCUCCUAUUGCCGCUACAGGGGAUAAACAAAUUGUGAAGAAGCCUGCACCAUCCCCAGUACCGACCGCAGCCGUAAAACCGGUGAAGGCUGCUCCAGAUCAACCAAAGCCUGGGGCAGAAAGCCGAAUUGGCCGGCCAAAAGAGAUCACAAGGAAAGCUCCGCCGAGGAGAAGGACGAUAAGCGGCAGUAUCAGUGGAAGCGCUAGCAGCUACAGUGGGUCUAGUUCUAGAUCUCAUUCUGGCUCUCGCUCGCUGUCCAGAUCUUCCCGCUCAACUUCUGCCUCUGUUUCUCCAUCUCUGUCUACAGCCCGGAAAUCGAGGAAAACAAGGUCCCUAAGUGUCAGCAGCGUUUCCUCCGUAUCAAGCGUCUCGUCUAGCAGUAGCUCUGUACGCAGUGCAGACUCCGAAGACAUGUAUGCUGAUCUCGCCAGCCCAAUCUCAUCUGCCAGCUCCCGCUCUCCAACCCCAGCUCAAACCAAGAAAGAAAAAGCUCCUGUUGAGAAAGUAAAAAAAGAAGAGCAGCGUAUUAAAGAAGACAAACGUGUGCGUGAACCCCCAGCACAGCCCCCUAAAGCCACCCUGGCAAAAGUCUCCAAACCAGUCACAGGGGGUAGCAAAGCUGCACCGCAGCCCCCUGCUCCGCAACCAGCUGCAAGCGGCUUCAGCGCUCAUAAGGAGAUUAAACUGACUCUGCUGAAUAAGGGCACUGAUAAAGGGAGCCGAAAACGGUAUGAGCCAUCAGACAAAGAGAGGCAGGGAUCUCCUCCUGCUAAAAAAGCUGCAAUCUCACCAGAUAGAGCAACUCGGGAUCGCAAGCAAGCGGGCAGACCGCCCUCACCAAAACCCGACCGCCAGCGUGCACAGAACCCCAAGCCAGCGCCCAGCCAGACUGACCGGAAACGUCCACUAUCCCCACCACCGACAAAAAGUUCCACAAAAGUCACCAGCAUCCCAGGAAAAGGACCCGAGGCAGCAGCGCCACCAGCGUCUGCCAAAGCAAGCAAAUCAAGCACGCUAUCCCGCAGAGAGGAGCUCCUCAAACAGCUCAAAGCGGUGGAAGAUGCCAUCGCACGCAAGAGAGCCAAAAUUCCUGGCAAAGUAUAGCGCCACACGCCCCUCCAUUGACAUAUCUGGAAAGACUUCUGCGUUUUUAUACAUACAGUUUGAGUGUGACUGGCCAUGUUGGGUUUUGGAGAUACGCCAUUCUCCCCCUACUCUUUCACAUAUUUUGGCAGUCAGUUUUCCUUAAAUAUACCGAAAACCUGAAUGCCGCAUUGGAUGAAAUUUCCCGAUUUCGAGCUCCAUUUACCGGCGUCUCUAUCAGAUGUUCUGAUUGGACCACAAUGGAAGUAAAUCCUCUGGAAUGAGGACACUGAAUGGAAAAUCCUUCAUAUACUUGAUAAAUACUUGCUUUCUUACCCCUCCUUAAUGAUUUUUUCCCCCCAGUUUGUUUCAUUGUAUUUUAUUUUCCCCCCCUGUAUGAUAUCUGUCUUUGGCAAAGUGAGGCCUAAAACUGCUGCAAGCACUCUCCCCAUGUGACUCCAUCGGAAGGUAGCACUAUAAAUAUAUUGACCUCUACUCCUCCUCGGUCAAGGAUUAAGAUGCAUUCUUAUUUUUAAGCAACAGGUUGUUUUAGUUUUGAAAAGAAAAGGGUGGAGGAGCGAGUAAUGCGCUAAAACCAACGCAAUGCUAUUAGUUGCAAAGUCUUAUCUGUUGAAAUGGGACAUUUUGGGGGGGAGGGAGGGGCACAAUACCCCUGGAAUAAAGUAUUUUGAUAAAACA